ACCGCGUUAUAUGAUGGCUCAAGUAACAAAAUUCGUAUUUGAUCAACAUCUUGAAUAGACUAAGUUCGAUGCUUCAGAAUCAGUGAAGGUAGUGGUGAGAUGUAGACCAUUAAAUGAAAAAGAGGCUUCGGAUGGUCACAAAAAGUUAGGACCCUUGGACUCUUAAACCUUUAGGUGUGUGUUUGUCGAUUGUUCGAAUGGGACUAUCGAAGUUCGUAAUCCAAUUGCCAAACUGAAUGAUGAUCCAAAAAGAUUCAGUUUUGACGCUGUUUACGAUGAAAGUUCGAAACAAAGAGAUUUAUACGAUGAAACUUUUCGGGACCUAAUUAACAGUGUUCUAGAUGGCUUCAACGGGACCAUAUUUGCUUACGGACAAACCGGAACGGGAAAAACCUUCACUAUUCAGGGUAUGGCUUGCAAGCUGACUCAAAUAUUUAACAGGCCUUCAGGAUGACCCGGAAUUACGAGGUGUAAUGCCAAACUCAUUCGUUCAUAUCUUUGACCAUAUAUCGAAGUCUAUGGAUGCUCAGUAUCUUGUACGAGCGAGUUACUUAGAAAUUUACAAAGAAGAGAUUCGCGAUCUGCUUCGCAGAGACCAAUCAAAGCACUUAGAAAUCAGAGAAAAACCAGACAGUGGAAUAUUUGUAAAGGUAAGCACAUUUGAGCAAGCAACUCUAUUCAUCUAGUUGUUCGACUAUAAGCCUCUCGUUAACGUUCUUUAAAUUUUAGAGGAUGCCGCUCUCAAAGGAUUUCUGCCAAAAUGAUCAGAUUAUUUUAGAAUAUAGGAGGCUUGUAAUAAUAUAGUGUACUGAUAAAAAAUAAAGUAAUAUUUCUUUGUGUCUUUAACAGCUUGUACCAAAAUGUAACUACUAGCGUGAACUCUUUACGUUAGCAGGUGAUUAAUGCUCCUGAUAUCGAAAGACUAAAACAGUUUAAACCGAUCGGUUAGACCCACACAAAUAAAUUUCAUAGUCUGUUUCAGUUUCAUUUUGAAAGAGAACCUUAUUAGUCAUGUCAAUUACUUGUCGUUACAAACCAAAACUUACUAGUAUUCAGCAUACGAAUUUAUUAUGGUUGGUUGAAUCAUCUGAUGAGUGGGCAAAGGUCAACAGUUUUGUUGUAAUUCGCGCAAAUUAUUGCUUUUUGGACCAUUCCUUUUGUCAUGAGUGAAAGAAACUGAUAAUACAAAUUACUGGUGAAUUUUCAUUGCAUUCGAAUUCAACUCUCAUUACGUUCAUUAUAUGUUUAUAAUAAUUUAGUAGGUUUACUUCAUCACGUUUUACAUGUUUCUUACGUCCAGAUUCUACAGGUGCCUACUUUAUGUUAUGUCUUUAUGCAGAUAAGAGUGAUUGUCAAAAUUACGGUUGGUAGUGGCAAGGACGGUGUGGUUAAAUAAAACUAGUCCCACGAAAGCUGUGUUGUCUUCCAGCUUAAUCCAAGUGUUUGACUCAACCUUUUAUAGACGAUGAGCUAAUUAUGUCGAUAGAAAUUGGAAUUAGUUUUACAAGUGGCAUUUUACAACAUCAUUGUAGGCUUGUAGUAACUUACCAGUCCCACAGUCUAUUUCUUGUUCCACAGUUGCAUAAUUUACUUCAAAUUUCUGUGAUAACUAGUAAUAUGGUUAAUCGAUCUUUCAGAUAUAUUGAGUAACUUGCUGAUCACAAUUUCUCAUUGAGAAUGUAAUGUUCUGGCUUUUUUGUAAAGUGAUUUCAUUUGAUCUUAACUCAUUUUAUUUCUUAUGAUCAGGACUUGUCCUCUGUUCUUACCAAAAGUAUAGAUGAAAUCCAGAAGGUUAUGAAGAUUGGAUAUCAAAAUCGUGCAGUUGGGUAAGUAAUUAGUUAUAUUUCAGACUACAUAGCAUUUUAGAGCCACUAAUAUGAAUGAACACAGUUCGCGAUCCCAUGCUAUUUUUAUUGUAACUGUUGAGAGUUGCAAGGUAUGGUUAGCCAUUUUUUAAAAUAGUUAUAGACUGGGGCAGAUGGAGAAAAACAUAUACGAGUUGGCAAGUUAAACCUCGUUGAUUUGGCAGGUAGUGAACGCCAGUCCAAAACACUAUCAGAGGUAUUUUCGAACAAAUUGCUCAAUAAACAUUUAAUUCAUGUUUCCGUCUGUUCACCCUCUUUUUCCAAUAGUUUGUAUUUGGGAACUAUAGAUAACAGGACAGUAAAGCUUUUAUCCAUCAAAAAUUUGUUUUUAGUACAAAAUGGUCUAAUAUUGUUUGGUAUCAGCUUAGUAUGUUUUCAUUGUUACAACUGGUGAAUUAACAUCUUUGGCGUAUGAACAAGUGUAGUUAAACGGACUUUUUGGUGUCAGUAUAAAAAUUCUGUUCAUUAAAUCGAGUGCUUUGGUUAUUUCAGUUUUAUGUUUAUUUUAAAAGUUAUCUCCGAUUUAUACUUUAGGGAGAACGCUUGAAAGAAGCCACUAAAAUCAAUUUAAGUCUUUCCACCUUGGGAAACGUGAUAUCUGCACUGGUGGAUGGCAAAAGUACACACAUACCCUAUCGGGACUCAAAACUCACUCGUUUACUACAAGGUGAUAAUUUACUUGUUAUCAGUUUAUUGUGAAUAAUGAACUGUUUAUGCAUUUUGUUAGUUACGAAUCCUAUCUGUCCAAGUUCUUCGAUACAGUCGCAUACAUAACUAGCACUAAGCCUUAACUUCUGACAAAGUUAUCAAAUGUUUGUUCUGACUUUGAUAAAUGUAUAAGUACAUAAAAAAUGUUUUUGCAGAGAAGGUUAUACUACAAGUGUCAACUUACUAUGAAUUGGUAGCUUUUUUAGUCUGAGUAUUUCACCCCACUACAUGCAUACACUGAAACUCUUAAGUAUUGUAGUUGACUUCAAGAGGUUUGAAAUACAUACCCCAUUAAAAUACAAAAUGUGGUCAAAAUCAAAUUGUCAUUCCGAUGAAACCACUUAUUAUAGGCUGGACUGCUCAUCUUAAACUAAGCGAGCAUAUGCAAGUUAAUUAAGACAAAAUACUGCCUAUUACCAGUUUUGUUAUUUCUCCUGUGCUACCACGAGAAAAAUAUGUUUAAACAGAGCACUAUUUUAAUAUCAUGCCAUAAAAUACUGAUUGCCGCAUAUUUUAUACAGCAGACAUUCGGGCUUAAUUAAGAGAUAAUUUUCGGUAGGACUUCUCAGGGAAUUCGACGCUUAAUGUGGAUUGUUUUUAGACAUCUAAUUUGACGAUAAAUAAAUCAGUUUUAACUUAACUUUUCUACUCUUUCAAGCUGAUUUUUCUGGUCUUGGGAGUUGUAUAUUAUUCCACACCACGAAAUGUCAUAUAAAGUGGAGUACAAACACAAAGUACUUCCUGUGUCUCUGUAUAUUAAAUAAAACCAAGAAAAUUGAUUCCUAAAAAUACUUCUUUCUGUAAAUCUGUUAAUAACCACUCAGAAGUCUAAAUCUUAGCAUAUUAGUAAAGGCAGGUUACUUUCUCACAUUUUUUUGAAGAGUACUUGAUUUACAUGCCUGCUCAGAAUGCUACUAUAUAGAUAUGCAUAUUACAAAGCGUAAAUAAAUUAUUUUACAUAAAUAUAACCUAGUUAUAUCCAUGAAGUUAGUCAUAUAAAUAGAUAAAACCAAAUGAUGAAAAUAUUUAUACGUACACUUUUGUUAUGAAUAACAUGGGAAAACAGUUGGGACAGUAAUCAACGUAUAAACCGAAAAUCCAAAAAUUUCAUUAAAUUCUGCGAUGCUUUGUAUCUAAGAUAACAAGUGGCAUAAAAUAUCUCAUGUUAGAUACUGAAAUUAUGUUGCAUAUACGUUAUGAUUUCAUCUUACCAAUAUUACUUCUUACAUCGCAGAUUCUUUGGGGGGUAAUUCAAAAACUAUCAUGAUUGCAAAUAUUGGACCGGCGACCUACAACUAUGAAGAGACCAUAAAUACACUAAGAUACGCUAACCGUGCUAAAAAUAUUAGGAACAAACCAAAAAUAAAUGAAGAUCCGAAAGAUGCCUUGCUGAGAGAAUACCAAGAAGAAAUCAAUAGGCUUAAAUCACUACUGAGAAACUGUGUCGCUGCCAUUCCAAAACAAUCUCAAAAAAAGAACGGGAAGCAGAGAUCUCAACAAAAACAUAUAUUGUCGGAUGGCUCUGAAGCUAACAGCGAUAGAGAAGAUGAUGCAACAAGCAUAGAAAACUAUAUGAAGGAACAACAAGCAAAACUAUUGGCUGAAAAGAAUGAAGUCUUAAACGACAAUUCACUUGUUGCAGAAGAAAAAUCUCGUAUGUUGAAUGACCUCAAGAUAAAAGAAAUAAAACUUCAGGAAGAACAAACAAAAACGCAACAGUUAGAGUCCAAAUUAAGAGCCAUGGAGAGUAAAUUACUUCGAGGUGAUCAAUCAAUCGUUGAACACACUCGCAUGCAAGAAGUAACUUUAGCUCAACAACGGACGCAAAUGGCUGAGCAAAAGCGUCGUGAGCGUGAAAUAGUAGCUCGUAUGGAAGAAGAAGAAGGGAGUAUGGCUAAUUUACAAGAAGGUUUCACAUCAUUAAAACAAGAAGUAGAAGUAAACACUAGAAAGUUAAAAAAAUUAUUUGAAAAAUUACAAGAAAUUAAACAGAAGACAUCUGAUAUACAAGAAGAACAUACUGUAGAACGUCAAGAGCACGAAAAAAUUCAAGAUCAACUAACACGUGAAAUUAAAUUACAGUUGUUAAUUCUGGAAAACUUCAUACCAAUAGAAGAAAAAGAGAAAUUAGAAAAACGAAUUUAUUUUAAUGAAGAAACUGAAAGAUGGCAACUGAAACCACUUUUUCAGUCUAGUGAUGAUGGUACAAACCUAAAUAUUCCAUCCUGUAAACAAUCUGUUUGUCGUUAUGCACGUAUGGCUGCCAACUAUGAUCCAAACCCUAGAUUCCGAAACAAACAGAUAUUAACUUUGGAUAUGGACUUACCUGGACGUACUACAAGGGAUUAUGAACCACCACAAUUGGCUCCACAAGUGGUGGCUGCAUUGGAAGCUGCACUACAGGAUGAAGAAGAUUUAGAAUUGGAUGGAAGUCCUUCACUAUUUCAAUCUUCAUUGUCUAAAUUGAAGAAAUCAGAAAAACGAAUACAUAGUGGUGUAACACAAAAAGAUGAUACUCAAAUAUUUCCCCAAUCUAAAGGACUUGUACCUAAAUAAAACAGAGGUUGUUCGAUCAAGAUUUUGUUCAUCAAACUUUUAAACUUUUUUUAACUAUUCAAUAUAUAUAUAUAUAUAUAUAUAUAUAUAUAUAUAUAUAUAUAUAUAUAUAUAUAUAACUGUAUAAACAAUUAUGAAUUUUUCACAAUUCAAUGGGAGUUAUUAAGCAG